AUGACUGUAGUACAAAGCUAUGCUCCAACGAAUGUAGCAGAAGUGGAAGUUAAGGAAGCCUUUUACAGUUGUCUCACAAAAGUAUUGAGAGAAAUCAAUAAGGGUGACAUAGUCAUCUUAAUGGGUGAUAUGAAUGCCCAAGUUGGUCAUCACAAUAAGGGGUUAGAGGCGACGAUGGGCCGUCACGGGUUAGGCACGAUGACUGAGAAUGGCGAGAUGUUCACCGAACUUUGCGCUAAUUUUAAUCUUGUUAUAGGAGGAACACUAUUUAAUCAUAAACGCGUCCACAAAAUAACGUGGACAUCCCCAGAUAGAAUGACUGAAAAUCAGAUUAAUCACAUAGCAAUAAGUCGUAAAUGGCGCGGUUCCCUUAUGGACACGCGGAAUAAACGUGGAGCUGAUAUUGCAAGUGAUCAUCAUCUCCUAAUUGCGUCAGUCAGACUCAAAGUUGCGGCAGUUAGCAACUCGAAAAAGAAGAUGCAGAAAAAAUUCGACGUAGAAAAACUGAAAGAUGAAUCUACCUGCGCAAGGUUUAUCGAAUCGUUAAAUGCAUCUGUUGAAACAGAACAUACUCUAACUAGCGACUGGAAAAGUAUAAAACAAACUUUCCUAAAAGCAGCGGAAUACAGUAUUGGAUUCAAAGAAUACAAACGAAAAUCCUGGAUCUCAGACUCCACAUGGUGGUUAAUAAACGAACGUAGAGAAAUAAAAAAUCAGCUUAAUUCCGCAAAGACGAGAUCCGCCAAGUCGGCAUUACAAAACACUUACACCAAAACCGACAAGCUGAUAAAGAAAAGCGCGAGAACGGAUAAAUGA